CAGGCCAUCAAGGGUAUGCAUAUCCAAAAAGCCACCAAAUACCUGAAAGCUGUCACUUUGAAGAAGCAAUGUGUGCCGUUCCGGCGGUACAAUGGUGGAGUUGUCAGGUGCACCCAGGCCAAACAGUGGGGCUGGACACAGGGUCGGUGGCCAAAAAAGAGUGCUGAAUCUUUGCUGCACAUGCUUAAAAAUGCAGAGAGCAAUGCUGAGCGUAAGGGUCUAGAAGUAGAUUCUCUGGUCAUCGAGCACAUCCAGGUGAACAAAGCACCUAAGAUGUGUCAACGAAUUUACAGAGCUCACGGCCGGAUUAACCCAUACAUGAGCUCCCCCUGCCAUAUCGAGGUGAUCCUCACGGACAAGGAACAGAUUGUUCCAAAGCCAGAAGAGGAGGUUGCACAGAAGGAAAAGAUGUCCCAGAAGAAACUGAAGACGCAGAAACUUAUGGCACGGGAAUAAAUUGAGCAUAAAAGAAAUGCAGAUAAAAGU